AUGGCGUCUCUCAGGUCGCUGGGCCUCCACACUCCUACUGGACUCCAAUAUCUGAUUGCUGAGCACAUCUUGCCAGAAGAGCCUUCAGAAGAACAAUACCACUGGGAAACUUACAAUGACGACGAAGCUGGAGAUGAGGAGGUUCUAGUCACAGAUUACUGCGUUGUCUACUCCAGAGGUGGCUUGGUACAGAAGGUGUUCAGAUUUGAGAUUGAGCAGCAGAAGGUCAUCCAAGCUGUUCUCACAUGGUUUCCUGCGGAUGACACUCCUCUAUUCGGACGGAGUCAUGACCAUGAGUUCAGGCAAGAUGUACGAGGUAGCAAUAAACCGGACGCUUCCCAGAGUACCGCUGCGCAGAGCAGGACUUCCGUAGAAGUUAAAUCAAUUUCCGAGAACGCACCGGGGCAGCGAUCUGGCCAGCACACCGGAGAUGGAUUUAAGACUAGGCGGUCUCGAGCACUUGUUGUUUUCCUGAAGCUCCAGGCCCACAUCUUCUUCCUGACCGGCUCAACUCAUGUUGUAAACCUUCCUUUUGAGGUUGAGAGGGCGUUCGCAGCUCCUCGAGGUCUAAUAUUGCAGAGGAAACUCCCAGUUGCCGAAAACAUCGCUCCAACGCCUGUUCUGCCCCAAGUACCUCAGAACUCCUUCUUCUCCCAAUCACAGUCCCAAUCUCAAUUUCGAACCAGACUCUCCUCUUCCUUUAUCGGUGCGUCGCAGCGGCUCUCGUCGUCCUUCAAUGUACCCCGAGGGUCAAAGGGACUGAGGGCAGCAUCUACCAAUACACAGUUCCUUGCAGACCUUCUCAGGGAAUCCAAAAUCACCACAAUCGAUGAGCUUCCACGUCUCUUCUCUUUUACGGACCCGCUUUCUGAACUGGGUCUAGUUGUGACAGCCCCGCUUCGCCCAACCUCGUCCCUUACCGGUAAUGGAGCAUCGACCGAAGAUUUUGUAUCCUUGGACAAGGCUGAAGAAGUGUUGUUUGUUUCCAAGGGCAGCGAAGUGCCUGGCAAUUCUGAAGUCGCUGACAGUCCUCUAAUCGUUGUUGUCACGGUCAACUACGAUACUGCAAUGUAUUCGGUAUGGUACGCAUCCUAUGUAGAGCCCCGCCGAGUAUCAUCCAUUCGGAAACGGCAGCCCAAACCGGCUAGCAACAAGAUACGGAGGCGGAGUUCUUACGUUCCCGGCACCGGUACUACUACCCCUGGCUUGCGUACCCGAGAUGGCCUCAGAGAAAGCAUGGGCGGCGCUGCCGUGCGAAGUAAAACUGUGCCGAUGUACGCCGGUACAAGUAAGGUGAAGCCAUCUAGCGGCUCACAAUCAGUAGAAGAGGCCUUGGCUUCUCAGCUUGAUCCCGACUAUGAUCUGCCUGGACAACCAGCAAAGGAGUCACGACGAGUAAGUUCACUGCUGUCGAGGGCCGACUUGUCCACCAGCUUCGAUAGAACAGCCUUCCAAGAUCUUGCUACCCAACGCACCAACCCUGGGACAAGCUUCGGGGCUCGUGGGCGUAGAGGCCAUUCUUACGGCGGUUACAAUGACCGGCGCGGCCUGGACACUUAUCCCGUGGCAAAACUCAGGGCAUCUACAUCUGGAAGCAUGUUACGGCUGAGUUUCGGCGAGGCAUCCAUUGAUGAGAUCUCGGAAAGUCAUGAUAUGGACGGCGACACUGAGCUUUUUGACAUUGAUGAUACGCUUGAAGACUCAUUGCUCGACGAUCUCGACAACUUUGCACUUGAUGAGCCUAUAGAUGGACUAAAAAAAGAAUUUGUUAUGUUGAAAUUUGCAGAGAUACCCAUUGGCGCUCAAGUUUCACCGCUUAGAUUCGGUCCCCAGCAGGAGCGGCAUCCAUUUCAGGGACGCAAUCCGUUUAAAGUUUUCACCGCGGUAUCUCCAUUCUCAGAUUCGGAUCCCAGCAAUCUAGGACACCGCUUCUUCCUUCACAUUGUUCGCAAAGACAUCCAAGAGCACAUCGAACUAGAAUUCAUGGUUCGGCGAACCCAUCCAUCUACUGGCCUAUCACUGCCAGAAACGAGUAACAAGCCUAUCCGGAAUAGCACUUCCCUGGUCCCGAUCCCUGUCCGGUCUCAGCGCUUCAAAAGCCAUCUAGACGCCAUUGGCAUUGCCGACGGAGCUGCCUCUCGGGUCUUAUGUCUGAAACAGGCAGCGGCUGGAGAUUUGGCCCUAUGGUUGUAUGCCAGCUGGGCUUAUGUUCCACCACUCCGAUUUGAGUUACCUCAGCUAAGGAUAUUAGACCCUCACUUCUUAAUGGAAAGCACUUCGCCAGCAAGGAAGAUCGCCGGGCUUCAAAGGACGUUGAGUGUCCCAAGGCAACUUUGCAGCCUGUUGAAUGUAGGGGAGGGUGGUAUCUUCGACGUGGAGGACAAUGAAAGUCGGAAGCACAGGCUUCAGUUCAAGCUUUCUCCUCGUAACAGUCAGGUCUCUCGUUGUUUGAGGGUUUGCCAGUUCAUCCUUCCCACCACAGCCUCUGAGUUGCUCCUCAAUAUGUGGUGGACGGUGUAUCGUAGCUUUAACAGCCACCACAUCGUCGACCUCGAAUGGACCGCCUUCGUGGUCACGCUCUUCGCAGUCACUCACGUAUCAACUUCCAAUGACCAGACUAAUGUCCGAUUGAGUGAGCAAGUUCGGUCUGCUAAGUCUCGGACCAGUCCGCAACCAGCUAGAUCAGAUACCGCGUGGGAUCUGAUGUGGAAGUCCGAGGCGCAGCGCUUUGGUAGCGGCAAUUCAAGUAGCCCAGCUUGGGAGUGGGCAAAGCAUGCAACUCGACCGACUAGGCCUCAAAUUCCUUCCUCGAACCAUCCGACGAACACACAGCCUUUCGGGAUAGGCUCGAAGAGCGACUUUAUUACAUCCUGCGCUUCCCAGGCUCGGAGUUUCUUGCAGACACCGGAAGGUCAAGCAGCUACCGAACAAUGGAACCGUCUGCGAGUGCCGAACAACCAGUCCCCACACUUGGCUUCCUUAUCCGUCCUGCUGCUAGGUCUGCAUCUCCUGCGCGAAGAACGGAAGCUGAGUAUACUCGAGCCAGCAAAUUCUGAAAUAAGCACAGGCAACCUGGGUCCCGUCCUUGCCCAGUUGGGUCGAUGGAUGGGAUGGGAUGGUUGGGAUUGGAGGCUGGGUGGAUACUACGACCUCGAUGGGGCAGGUACCAGCCGAUGGAUCUUCGAAGAUCUCUCUGUGCCUGGGGCCACAUCCAUCCCGGCUCCUUGGGCUAAACCUCCCUCAAUCUACGAGUGGGUUGAACAAUGCGUUUCACCUAGACCGUGUACUUCGUUCCCAAUGCUGGACAUGGUGGCCCAAUGUCUAAGGAAUCCUUCUGCGAUCAUCACUAACCCACCCAACGCGCAGCUAGAGACUUAUCUCACGAAACUCACGCCACGGACGGUGGCAUUAUCGAGGUACUUCAUGAAACUUAAAGGUACCGAGUAUUCGGAAACCAUGGCUGCAGAAGUCAUGUUGGAGUGUGGUAUCGAUGCUAGGAUGAUUGAGACAUUACCCGAAGCGAUCGCCGCACCUUGUCGAGAGACUAUAGCGCGUUGUCAAGCGGACCCCCCAACUACGUGGAACAGUGCGUUGCUCGAGCUGGUCAAUCGGAAGGACCUCAACCUCUUCUCGGAGCAACAUCGAGAAGGCACGCCGGAUUUGCAGCCUGCAUCUGCCUUCACAACCACGGUCGUAAGAGAUAUACACGCCAUCUGUCAGGCAACCGAACAGUCGGACCCAGUACAAAGCACACCCGAAGCCGACCGAUUCAUGGUCACAAGGCUUAUAUUCAGUGAAGACCGUCGGUUCAGUGAGGCUGCGAGGUUACUGGAACCCUUGCGGCCAGCGGUUGCAGAAUGCGUACCGGACCCAGCAUGGUCUGAAGCUGAGUACCUGGACGCGCAGAAAGCUGUGAUGCAGCUCGUCAUGAUACGCACCUUUGCCCUGCCUCCCGGCCAGUCGAUGCUGUACUUCGAUAGCAAGAAACCAUUACUGACCGAGAAAUAUCCUUUACAUGGAUUCAACACCGUCUGCGUCAUGAAGCCGAUGAACAAUACUGUCACAGCGGACAGGAGCAAUUUCACAGAAGAGAAAUACUGCUGGGCUUUUUUCCAUGCCGGUGUAACAGCGGGACUCAGCAUCUCCAAGCGCGCCGAAGGCAUCGACACCUCGUGGAUAGUUUUCAACAAACCGCCAGAGCUAAGCAACAAACAUGCUGGGUUGCUCCUCGCUCUGGGCCUGAAUGGUCAUCUUCGGACCAUCGCGAAGUGGUUAUCCUUUAAGUACCUAACGCCCAAACAUAACAUGACUUCGAUAGGCCUACUUCUUGGCCUUUCGGCUUCGUAUCUGGGAACUAUGGACGCUCUUGUUACGCGGUUACUAUCAGUUCACGUCACUCGCAUGCUGCCGCCUGGAGCCGCGGAUCUCAAUUUACCGCCUCUCACGCAGACAAGCGGGCUCAUGGGUAUUGGUCUGCUAUACUCCAACACCCAACACCGACGCAUGAGCGAAGUGAUGCUUUCCGAACUCGAACAUAUCGAAAUCGAAGACCCAUCAGGACCGCCCGACACUCUUCGUGACGAAGGAUAUAGGCUUGCCGCUGGCUUCGCGCUGGGAUUCAUCAACCUUGGUAAGGGAAAGGAUCUCAGAGGUCUUCACGAUAUGCGCUUAGUAGACCGUCUUCUCGCCGUUGCUAUCGGACCCAAGCCUGUCGACGUCGUGCAUAUCCUCGAUCGUGCUACGACUGGAGCAAUCAUAGCAAUUGCACUCAUCUUCAUGAAAACACAAAACGAUGCUGUUGCUCGCAAGAUUGAUAUUCCGGACACCCUUCCUCAGUUCGACUACGUUCGCCCCGAUACCUUCCUUCUCCGGACGCUAGCCAAGCAUAUGAUACUCUGGGACGACAUCCAAGCCGAGCAUCGUUGGAUCGUAAAGAAUCUUCCAGUUGAGUACAAAGACAUCUACCUGCUGAGAGAGAUCAAGAUGCUCCGCAGCGAGCAUAUGCCCUUCUUCAACAUUCUUGCUGGUCUUCUUUGGAGUGUUGGUCUCCGCCAUGCUGGCAGUGGAGACAUGAGAGUCCGCGACUUUCUGGUCAGAUACCUUGAUCAAUUCAUCCGGAUUGCUCAUCUUCCCGCCAUCCGCUACGAUGCUCGCCUGACACGAAACACCGUUCGUAAUUGCCAAGACCUGGUAGCGAUAUCCGCGGCCGUAGUCAUGGCGGGAACAGGCGAUCUCGACGUCUUCCGCCGGCUUCGGCUGCUCCACGGUCGCAUCAACCCGGACACGCCGUACGGCUCGCACAUGGCUGCCCACCUGGCGCUAGGCGUGCUGUUCUUGGGUGGCGGAACUUACACCCUGAGCACCUCCAAUCUCGCCAUCGCAUCGCUCAUCUGCGCCUUCUACCCCCUUUUCCCAAUGGACGUCCUGGACAAUAAAGCUCAUCUUCAAGCCUUCCGCCACUUCUGGGUCCUCGCCGCCGAACCGCGCUGCAUCAUCGUCCGCGACGUAGAUACCCACCGUGCGAUCUCCUCGCCCAUAACACUCAGCCUUAAAGACGGCACCGAGAAGGCACUGACAGCCCCUUGCCUCCUCCCACCUCUGGACACUAUUGCCCAAAUCCGAACAGCCGGCCCAGAGCACUGGCCCCUAACCCUCGAUUUCGCCCACAACGCCGCGCACCUUACCGCAUUCCGGUCGAAUCAGACCGUCCACGUGCGCCGGCGUCCAGCAUCCGAGGCGCACGGUCCCGUGUUCAGCACCACGCUUGCCGCGCUCAACGACGCGCAGGCCUCACACACGGCGCGCGCAAUGUGGGACUGGAUCUUUCGGCUGCCGGCUUUCACGUCGCGGUCUUCACAGAAGCCUUCGGCCGCAUCGUCAUCGUCGCCGCAGCCGCCGUGGAUAGACCAGUCCGAGAUCGGUCUCAUCAUUCCGGCGGACGUGCACAGCUCUGUGCAUCUGGAUAUGAGGGGGACGGUUGUGGAUGAUCGGCUCGCGCUGAAAGUGAGGAUGGGCGCGGUGGAUAUGGAUAGUCUAUGGCAGCUGCGGAUUCUGUUCAAGUGGGCGGAGGAGGCGAUGGCGAGGGGGGAUGGCAGAUUGGCUUGGUUGGGGAGGGAGGUGGUUGAAGGGUUGAGGGCGCUUGUUGCGGAGAGGGCGAGGAGGUUUCAGGAGGAGUAG